AUGGAAGUACAAAAGCGAAGAGUCAAAGAUUUCUCGAAAAUCAUUGAUCACUACUUCCAAAAGACUGUCUACGUCGAUGAUUGUAGUAGUUGGUAUCGGAGCAAUGGAGGGAAGGGGGAUCGGGUCACUGGUCUCUGGCCGGGAAGUGCGUUGCACGCAAUGGAAUGUUUACGAUCACCAAGGUGGGAAGAUUUCGACUAUGUUUGUGAAGGCGAGGAUAGUGGAGAAGAGUGCAACAGGUUGGCUUGGCUUGGAAAUGGCUGGUCUAUCGCACAGGUUGAUUCACAAGAGGCCGAGGUGGCUCACUUCUUGCAACCAGGGAUGGUUGACAUACCUGCCGAGCCACUUCCCGAGGAAACUAACAUCUUCAAGAUGAGACCAUUUUCUUACUAA